AGGAAGGCGGGGAAGCGGAGAAAGAUCCGGGGAAAAAGUUUGAAAGGAAAAAAGCCGUUUCAGUGGCCGCCGGUUCGCAAGGAAAAGGAUAGCCGGGGGUGAAAGAGGAGGUAUAGAAGAAAACUGCAGCCCUGUGUGGAUUUUUACCACUAUCAGGAAGCCUCUGGGCACACGCCUGCUCGGGAGGGAGGAUUAGAUGAGCUUGACUUUAAGAUGAGGAGCGAGCCCAUUCUUUUCACUUCCAGCAGGGCGAUGGAGGAGCUGGUGUGUGAGCUUCGUCUGUUUCUGGAUCUGCUGGACAGAGAAUAUCUGAGUGCCGGGGUCCGAGAGAAGAAGACACACCUCUCCAACAUUCUGCACAGAGUCUUGUCAGACAAAGAACCUUCAUUCAAGUCGGAGAUACACAGUGGACUACCAGCUCCGCCUCAAAUGCCCCUCCCAGAAAUCCCUCACCCCUGGAUGCCUCCAAAUAACGGGCCCCCUCCCCUGCCCAGCUCAUCUCUUCCUGAAGGCUACUAUGAGGAAGCAGUUCCUUUAGGUCCUGGAAAGGCUCCAGAAUACAUUACUUCCAACUAUGACUCGGAUGCUAUGAGCAGCUCCUAUGAGUCAUACGAUGAAGAAGAGGAGGAUGGGAAGAGCCAGAAGAUGCGUCAUCAGUGGCCCUCCGAGGAAGCUUCCAUGGAUCUUGUCAAGGAUGCCCGGAUUUGCGCAUUCCUGCUUCGCAAAAAACGCUUCGGCCAGUGGACCAAACUCCUCUGUGUCAUCAAAGACAACAAACUUCUGUGUUACAAAUCCUCCAAAGACCACACUCCCCAAAUGGAACUGAACCUUUCAGGGUGCAGCAUCACUCACAUCCCAAAAGAUGGCAAGAAAAAGAAGCACGAACUAAAGAUCGUCCACCAGGGGGCAGACGCCCUGGUGCUAGCUGUGCAGAGCAAAGAACAGGCUGAGGAAUGGCUUAAGGUGAUGAGAGAGGUGUGUGUUAAUGGGAGCAUAGAUUUGGAUGGAGCUGGAUCUGGAUCUCCAGUACAUAAACCUGAACUGGAAAAGAAGGCAUCAUGUGACAGGCCAAGCUCAGAUGGGGAAGCCACCCAUGAGAAUGGACACAGUGACUGCAAGGACCAAGGAAAAGGAAAGAAAAGUACGAAGUCAGAGCAGAAGACCGGCACUGUGGGGAAGGGAGCAAGCAAGAAGAUCACUAAGAUCAUUGGACUUGGAAAGAAGAAGCCCUCCACAGAUGAACAGACAUCAUCAGCUGAAGAAGAUGUGCCUACAUGUGGCUACCUGAAUGUUCUCUCCAAUAACCGCUGGAGGGAGCGAUGGUGUCGCCUCAAGGACAACCAGCUACUCCUCCACAAGGACCGGGAUGACCUAAAGAGCCACAUCGCGUCACUGCCCCUCAGAGGCUGUGAGGUCAGCCCUGGCCUCGACCACAAGCACCCCUUUGCCUUCCGCCUGCUUCGUAACAGCCAAGAAGUAGCUGUUUUGGAGGCCUCGUCCUCAGAGGAGAUGGGUCGCUGGUUGGGGGUUUUGCUGGCCGAGACUGGAUCCACCACUGACCCAGCCACUCUGCACUACGAUUACAUUGACGUUGAGACCACCGCUAACGUCAUCCAGCUUGCCAAGCAGUCCUUCUGUUUCACCAGCAAACGUGCUCUCUCUCCUAACCCAUAUCUUGACAACCCAGUCAACGGCUACGCCUGCCCCACUGGUAUGGCACUGCACUAUGAUGAUGUGCCCAUAAAUGGAACGGACCCAGAGACGCAGUGCACCAUUCCCAGCACAGGACGGCACCAGCUGAAAGAGGGGGUGCACUAUGAGAACACUGAGCUCUAUGAGAACAUGCCCUCACUCAAUCCUCCCAAGCCUUCUUCUACUGCUGCUUCCCACUCUUCUACUAGUCACUACAAAACCCCUGUUUCUAAAAUCUCCUCAAAGUUUCUCACUGCUGAUUCUAAAACUGCUACUCAGCUAAAGGGAAAGAAGGGCGCAGCAACUAAUGGGGUGGCAUCAAAACAGAAGGCCGAGCCAAAGAACCAACCCAAGAAGAAUGGAGUCAAUGGAACAAAUGGGUCCACGUCUCUGAAACGCAACAACUCAAAUGGGGAGCAGUGUAAGUACGGGAAGAACCGUGUGGAGGCUGAUGCCAAGCGACUGCAAGCAAAGGAGGAAGAGCUGAUGAAGAAGAAGCAGGAGAUCAGAAACCGCCUGACCCAGCUGAAGAAGGAGAGGAGAGACCUGCGCGUUGCUGUGGAGGCAGCAGCUGGCAAACGUUCGCAUAGUUCUCUGUCAGAGCGCUUGAAGAGGCUGGAGGAUGAAUGCAAACUCAAGGAGGACGAGCGGGUGAACCUGGAGCUGGAGCUAACUGAGGUGAAGGAGAGCCUGAAGAAAGCCCUUAGUGGAGGUGUCACCCUCGGCCUCACCAUUGAGCCGAAAGCUGGCACUUCCGGCCUCCAGUCACCAGCAAUGCUGCGACGGACACAUGAGUCUUCUCCAUUCUCCAGCUGUGACACUAGUGACACAGAGUCCUGCUCCCUGCCAGUCAACAGUGCCUCACUGCUCUGCCGACAGCAGGGCAGCAAGAAGCCCUCACCAGUCCGGGGACAUGUCCUCAGGAAGGCCAAGGAAUGGGAACAGAAGACCGGCACAUAAACCUCUCACAUACAUUCUCACAUCAGUCUUCCUCUAAUCUCUUUUUUUAAAUUGUGUAUAUAUUUAUUUAAAAAAAAACCCUGUUCAUACAGUCAGCGGGUGUGUUGAGGAGGAUACAUGCAUAGCAUUCACAUGUACUAAAACAUGUGGCUAGUUUUAGUAUACUGUAAGUACCACGGCAUUAACUUUUAUACUAUUGAGCAUGCUCGGUGUACUUUGUCGUGCAACUUGUGUUUUCUGCUGUCACAUCUUUUCAAGCAACAACCUGUCUUUUUAUUUUUCCUCUCAAAAUGUGUUCUAACCAUUUGAGUUUAAAAGGGUCAAAGGUUAAAACCAAGUAUUUAUUUGUAAAUGUUAAAAAGGAAAUACUAGCUUCCCUGUUUAUUUAUGUUGACGUAUUUAAAGUAUUUUGUAGAGUUUGUGGCUCUGCAGACACUCCAUUUCCCUACAACUUAAUUGGCCAUCAGUCAUGAAACAUGAAAGUUCCUCUGUCAUGGUCACAAUAGUUGUAAUACACACCAGCUGAGCAACAAUGUAGCUCCUCUCCGAUCAGUAAUUGAAGAAGUACGAUACAAGUACAAUUCUCCAGACUGUUAGAAUAACCCUAAACAUCAAGUCAUAAACCAAAAGUUAGGCUGUGUGAUUGAGACAUGCUAGAAAAAGAUGCAUUUGGCACAGCUGAAGACUUUUUCACACACAUAUGAUGAUAAAUCACUCUUGAAAAGCAUGUUUUAGUAUGAAUGUCCUUACUUUAUAUCUGUGAUCUGUGGGCAGUCUGACGGUAAGUUUGUGUGUAGUGAUAAAUCACCUGUUUAUUAUGUUCCUUUUGCAUUAAAGCACCAUGAAACUGGAUUAUAUGUGUGGUCUGGACAACUUCCAGAAAUGAGAACUAUUUGCUUACGUGAAAAUCCAGUUACCUGGAUUCUGUGGUGCUCUGCACACAAAUGCCAGUUUGGAGAAGUUUGCAAACAGAAAGCUGAGAAGUGCUGAGUCAAAUAUAAAUACUGAAACUGAAAAUAGUACAAAGACACAUCAUUUUACAUACAAGAAUUUUACAUUUUUUUUAUUAGCUGAAGAUUUCUAAUUUAAAGGUUAGGACAGGCAAUAAAAUAACAGUUGUAACACCUGCACUUAGUUGAUAAUAUGAAUGACUAUAAAAAAAAGGUUAAGUCACAUUAGUCCACAUGACAUGGGAAGCUCAUACAAUCUGUGAAGGACACAGAUUGUAUGAGCUCAUACAAUCUGUGAAGGACCCAUUAAUACUCAGCCAUGUGUACACAUUUUGGGACAUAUAUAUAUUUUGCAUGAUGCUGGUAGGAGGGUGGGUAGAUUUAACUAAAUAAAAUCUAAAAGGAAAACAUUUGUCUAAAUAAAGCCUCAAUAAGGACUUUAUCAUCCAUGCUUCUCAACUGGUGCCUUGCUAAUGGAGAAAUUGUGGGGCGGUUUUGUGUGUGUGUGUGUGUGUGUGUGUGUGUGUGUGUGUGUGUGUGUGUGUGUGUGUGUGUGUGUGUGUGUACACGCAUUUGUGUGUGCGUCAUUCACAUGUUUCUAUGGCACAUUCCAAAUCCUUCAACAUUACACUGACUAAAAGAGAGGUACUUGUAAACUCAAAUUGCUGUGUGCUGUGUGUUCUGCUAUAUCAAAGACUGUGAGUUCGAUUUCCACACUGUUAAACACACACAUUCGUCUGUGUCACAUUGAUAAUGGUGUUCUUUUUUUUUUUAUGGUGUUUCACUGCCUAAGCUUUGCUACUAUGUAUAUAAGGCAAAAUGACUUUAUGGGGAAUGUUGACAAAUGUAGUGUGAGCAUGCACAAAGUUUGGAAAUCACAUAGAACACACAGACACUCACUGCUUCACAGUGAUGUAAAUUUUUUCUGUCACCUGCCUGCCUUCAGAUUGAUAUCCCACCAGCUUACAAGAAAGUUAGCUUGAAAACAGGGACGGGAGAUUUUACAAGUGUUUAGCUGUAACAGAGCAGGAUGUCUGAUGUCAGUAAAUGUGAACCUGCUGUACAUAGCUUGGUACUGGGUGGGGGUUGGGCUUGUUUCUUUUUGCACCUUAUACAUGUUCUCUUCUUUUAUAUCACAGACAUUCUCCAUCUUGGCGACAAACACACUUGUACAUAAAUGAAUAAACCUCCUA